AUGAAAGAGAACUUGUCUCCGAAUUCUGUGGUCGAUGAAGUCGUCAAAAACUCACCAAGUAUAAUCAGUCUUGGUGACAGCACCCAAAACGAACUAAAAUGGACAGUCAGCAAUCGAACGGAAGAGUUGUCGCCAAGUUCCUCAGUCACUGAAAAUUCGCCAAAUAAAGAUAUUAUUAGCAACAAUAUUUUAAAUUGCUGUUAUAAUAAUGUUGUUGAAAUGUGGAAAAGCAGUUCAAAAAAGUACCGGCUUGAAUCUUCUCCUGACGAUUGUAAUAAGUCAAAUUUUCCAAUUACUAGAAGACCAAGUCAUGAAAAAAGAUUAUCUUCAUCAUCUAGCAGUUCCACUUCAUCGCGUUCAAGUUCCAGUUCUAGUUCCAGUUCAAGUUCCAGUUCUGGUUCCUGUUCUAAUUCCAUAAAAUCAUCCACUUUGAGUGAUAUUGUCACAAAUACCAUGGAUCCAAACGUCACACAUAAAGAUCCAAAUGCAAUGAGUGCUAGUACCAGUCAAUCAGACAUAAACAUUUCUUUCAGAUCUAGUUCAAGAGUGCUACCUAAUUAUUGUAUAUCACCGAUUAAUACUCUCGAAAGUGAUCCUGACUUAAGUGAAGUCGACCUCAAAUUCAAGACCCCAAUAAAAUUUCUAUUCUUCGUAGAAGUUCCUCUUCCUCAAGUGGCGCUACUACACCUCAAUAUGAAAUACAACAACCUGGGAAAAGUAAUGUUAGUGAAACAAACAUGA